CCUACACCAUUACAACGUGAGAGGCUAAAGAGGACAGCUUAUUGAACAGACAACAGUCUUCUGAGUACCACAUCUGGCAGUCAUUUGACCGGAGAGAAAGAGAAAAGGGAAGAGAUCGAGAGACAACGGCCCUCUAUCCGAAGCGGGCGGACCUCAUUCCAUUGCUCUGAUCUGGACCAUGGUCCGUCAAACUAGCUGCAUCAUGAGCAUCACUCCCACUGCCAGCAUCGAGAGUCAGCUGCCCCCCACCUGGAGCCCCAACCCUUAUCCAGACGUUUCCACAGCGAUGACCACUUACAGCACUCGCCUGUGGUCGCCAGACUCGCAGCCGCAGUACUGGUCCAAGUACCAGGUGUGGGAGUGGCUGCAACAGAUGCUGGACAUGCACCAGAUAGACCCCUCCGGAAUCUCCUUCCAGAACUUUGACGUGGACGGCCGUCAGCUGUGCAGCAUGACCUUCCAGGACUUCACCCGCGCCGCAGGCAGUGUGGGGCCCAUCCUCUACCAAAACGUCAACGAGCUGAAAUGGAGUGCACAGUACCCCGGCGAGGACUUCGAGAUAAAAACAACCGAAUUAGAUUUUCCUUGUCCAUUUCCAGACACCAACUAUCAGCCUGUAGAUAUUUUUGACUCUCCAUUUCAAUCUCUUCCACCGGUGUCUUCCCCAGCUCCGUCCAGCCCUGAAACAAAGAGAGCUUACAUUCGCCCUCAUCAAGUCAAAAAACAUAACCCUCGGGGGACACACCUGUGGGAGUUCAUCAGGGACAUUCUACUGAAUCCGGAUCGCAACCAAGGCCUCAUAAAGUGGGAGGACCGGACAGAGGGAGUCUUCCGCUUCCUGAAGUCAGAGGCAGUGGCACAGUUGUGGGGCAAGAAGAAGAACAAUAGCAGCAUGACCUAUGAGAAGCUGAGCCGUGCAAUGAGAUAUUACUACAAGAGAGAAAUUCUGGAACGUGUAGAUGGACGAAGGCUGGUUUACAAGUUUGGAAAGAAUGCACGAGGGUGGAGAGAGUCAGAGAAGUGAAGGACAUUUGGACCACGGACAACGUUUUGACCCCCCUUCUGAAGACUAUUUAAGUGAUCGCAUUUUAUCUAUCUAAUGUGUCUAAGUUUUAUAUUUUGGCUGUUUUACAAAUGUUUUUUUUUGUAUUUUUGGGAAACUUUACAGGAUAUGUUUACAUCGAUUACAUUAUUUCUAAUUGGGUGUGCUUUGCCUUCGGCAAGGGCACAACCUUUGUUCUCUCACAUAUAUAUUAUUAUUAUUAUUUUUAUUUCUUUUUGCCCCCCUAAAACUCAGUCAAUAUUUGGCCUACAUACACAACCUAGGUGUCCAAAGUUUCGUCUUGGUAGCCAUUGAGUUGCUUCUAUUGGGAUUUACGUUCCGUUGCAUGGUUUUCGUCACGAAAACUCGCGUGACUACCUCUAGCAGAACAUUAGUUUAGCAGCUUGUUAACUUCUGGGAGAUAGCUAAGCUAACUGCUUUACUGCAAGGCAGCUGCAGAAACGCCACAAGCAAAGAGGCCAGGGUGAUAACUAUUUACUAAUUUUACUUUGUGAUAUGACACACAAUUGUGACGUGUAAUGUACAAUAUAAGCUGAUUUUAUUAAGGAAGUACAUCUACUUUCGGAAACGGUAGUCUACUAUUUCACUGAAGUAUUAGCAUCAUGACAUUAGCCUCUGUUGCCCGGGCAACACAUACUACAGUGGUCUAUGAUGCAUCUGUUUUCAAUCGUUAAAAUAAACAUUCCUCACAAAUACAUUUUCGUUAUAGGAUUUAUUAUGACAUUACAUUACAAGUAAACGAUUUGUGGGUGAAAUUAUCAUUACCUGUGGUUUCAAACCAGUGUUGCUCACUGAAACGCAGUAGCCUACGCGAGACACAGCUGUUUAGGAAGUCAAACGGCGACAGAACAUGUUCGGCACUCUCCUUACUUAAAUCAAAAAUCUAUCUAACUACUAACCUUAACUUCAUUGCCACAGCCUAAACUUUGUUAAUCUGUUCAUGAAAAUAAUUAAUUUCAGCCUAAACCGUACAACGGAACGUUAAAUCGAAUUCAACCAACGCAAUCGCUACCAAGACCAACACAGCAGUAGUCUAGUACUGUACUGUAGUGGUAGAAUUUACCGGGGCAGCUUCUCCACACAGGGCUAUAUCGCAUUUUGCGUUGUUACUGACUGAUCGCUACCAGUGAGCUUUUUAUGAAUGAGCGAUUUUCCACUAAAUAAAUGUCAAGCUUAUUUACGUUUUGGGGGGCAUAUUUUCAGUUAGCAGAUGGUACUGUUUGAAUCACGAUUCCAUCUUCUACUGCCGGGUAACGUCGUAGAAUAAUCUUCAAAGGGGGUUCUUUAUUAAUGAAUGAAUGCAAUAUGAGUAGGCUAAAUGCCUGAAAAUAUCACGAGAAGGGAAAACUUAAAAAGGACGUUUAAGUCAUAGAGAUUAGGUCCAUUUUUACACCGGUCUGCCAAAUGUAUUCGUUUUGAUUCAGCUAUGAGGCUGCCUCUUGCAGGGGAAAUGAGAAGACAUCAUAUUUAAUUCUACACUUCACUCGUAUUUUCAGUUGUAAACGAGCAGCACAAAAAAAUGCUUUUAAAUCUAUGUAAUCUUUAUAAAUAAUAAGUAUGCAUUUUUAUAUAAAAUAUACAGAAAUAUCAGUUGUAAAAAUGUCAUUCAAAAACGGACCCCUGUGCAACCGACGCAAGCAAGCACACCCUACAAUUUCCCCAGAAAUUGUACCCUCUCUAGUUAUAGUUGAUUUUCACAUUUUCAUAACCUUUUCUUCGGCGGGCUGUGAAACUCUUUGCACUGAAUAGUUCUUCAGUUUCCUUUUUACAUCGAAUGGGAAUUAGAACAAUUUGAACAGGGAGGACACUCACUUAUGGAUACAUUACAUUUGUACAUAUCAAAACCGAGAAGCACUCUUUGGGAAUCUGUCUUUCUCCAAACCUGUCUUGGUGUUUUAGUGUCUAUUUCUGUAGCUAGUUUUUGAUUUGUGUAUACCACUGUUACAAAUGGACUUUCAUUAUAAAAUGAUGCAAUUCUUGUAGGAUAUAUUCUCUGUUUUGGUCGAACUGCAAAUGCAAGCUCAAUGACAAUUGUCACCAGUGAUAUGUACUCUAAGUACUCAGAUGUAAAUAGAAAUGUCGGUUUUCAAUAAUAAAGUAUUUCUCAGGCUU